AUGCAUCUUUUCACUAGAAUCCUUGCUUUUUUUGUGGUAGCACUUGCUGUACUUCUCAUCCCUCAGUUUCUCGAACCCAUCUAUGUGGUCCCUGCGGUCGAUGCCGUGGCGCCGUUCUGCUCGGAGCCGCCGCUGUGCGCAAGAAAGGACCGUACAAUGAAGCAGCUGCUUCUGUGUACCAUACGGAGCGCCCCCUUGAAGCCUGCAUCGCCAGCGUAUCGUCAGUACGUUGUGUCACGGCUGAAGCGGUACGUGGAUGGCUCCAUACGGGGUCAGUCGGUGGCCCCAUCUGUGAUUGAGCGGGUACGCUACAAGCUUGCGCACGUGCACGAGCCGAUGGUGCUGCACUUUGCGGGUGACAACGGUGUCGGCAAGACACGGCUGGCCGAGCUCAUCUCGCUGGCUGUUGGCCAGAAGUGUGGGGACGCAACGUGCAGCAUUGGGGACACCACCCUCGUACUCUCCGGCACUAGCUAUGAUGGCAUGACGGUGGCAGAGUUCCGCAACGCGGUGGUGCCCGUGGUGGUGCGUCACGCGCAACGCUAUCCCGACAACGGCGUUGUCAUCUUCAACGAACUGACUUCGCUAGAGCCCAGCAAGGUGCGCGUGCUGUCACCGCUGCUAGGCCGGGGCACCAGCUUCCCAGAGAACCCAGGUGUCAGCAUAGCUCCGCUGCUGGUUAUCUUGACAACAGAUUUUGGCCGCGAGGGCCGCACGCGCGGCAAGAGUCUCUUCGAGAUGCGUGCGUUCAUCACUGACGAAUUCGCCGAUCUGUACAGCAAGGAGGCCGCCUCGCACGUUCGCACCUUCCCGUUCCUGCCCAUCUCUCUCAGUACCGCAGGUGACAUUGUACGUGUCGUUGUGAGGGAAAUCGGCUGCAGCGCCCCACAACCUGUGUGCCUCGCCAUCAGCGACCCUGCCGUUCUGUGGCUGGUGGAGAAGACGAAAAUACUCUUACCAGCCGAGAACGGCCGUGCGGUGGCCUUUGAAACCAAGCUGCAGCUGGAGGCGCUCCUUGAACAGGUGAUGGACAACUACACCGAGAGCGGCAUCAUUGCCACUGAUGAACUUUACCUGGAUGUUGAUGCGACAUGUCCAUACCGGCGGUGCACUGUCUUCCUCGAGGGUGACGGGACGCUCGCGAUGGCAUGCCAAGGCACAGGCACGCACAGCCGUCUGUCAGCAGGCUGA